UACGUAACAUGAACUAUAGAUUUUCAGUACUGGCAGUGCAUUUCGGAACGCAGCCGAAGUCCGAAGUCUGAAGUCUGACAAAAAUGGCGUCUGGUAAACAAAGUAUAAAGUUAGGAAAACGAAAAUUGGUAGAUGUUGGAAGUGAUUCGGACAAUGAGACGGAAAAGAAUGAAAAACACGCAAGAACGAAAUCAGAGGCACCACGAUUAUGUCCAUACUUGGACACGAUUAAUCGGCAGUUUUUAGAUUUUGACUUUGAAAAAUUAUGUUCUGUGUCGUUGUCCAGAAUCAAUGUAUAUGCUUGUUUAGUUUGCGGCAAAUAUUUCCAAGGUAGAGGAAGUAACACUCAUGCAUACACCCAUAGUGUAGCAGAGACUCAUCAUGUUUUUCUUAAUUUGCACACACUCAAAUUUUAUUGUCUACCAGAUAAUUACGAGAUAGUGGAUUCAUCAUUGGAUGACAUUAAAUAUGUAUUGAACCCAACUUUUGAUAAAACACAAAUAGCACAGCUGGAUAAGAGUGACAAACAGUCGAGGGCAAUUGAUGGCUCUAUGUAUUCACCAGGAAUAGUAGGGAUGAAUAACAUAAAAGCCAACGAUUACUGUAAUGUCAUUUUACAGGCACUUUCACAUGUUACACCUUUGAGGGAUUUUUUCUUAAGAGAAUCUAAUUAUUCUCAUGUAAGGAGACCACCUGGUGAUUCAUCUUAUCUUUUGGUACAAAGAUUUGGAGAACUUAUGCGGAAAUUAUGGAAUCCACGUAACUUCAAGGCACAUGUAAGCCCUCACGAAAUGUUGCAGGCUGUGGUGUUGUGGAGUAAGAAAAGGUUUCAGUUCACUGAGCAAGGUGAUCCCGUGGAUUUUCUCUCAUGGUUUUUAAAUGCUCUCCACUUGGCGUUAAACGGCACGAAAAAACGUGAUUCUAGUAUAAUUUAUAAAACAUUUCUGGGACAUAUGCGAAUAUACACGCGAAAAAUACCACCGUUGGAGUUAGAAGAGAGCCAAAGAAGCGAACUACUGCACACCGUCGAGUACGGUGAAACCGUCACGGAAAGUCCUUUCUUAUAUCUUACGUGCGAUCUUCCGCCGCCUCCGUUAUUUAAAGAUCAAUUCACGGAGAAUAUUAUUCCGCAGGUAAAUUUGUAUACGCUUCUGAACAAAUUUAAUGCCGUCACUGAGAAGGAGUAUAAAACCUACAAGGAGAAUUUCAUGAAGAGAUUCGAAAUUACCGAGCUGCCGCCUUAUCUUAUACUUUACAUAAAAAGAUUCACGAAAAAUACAUUCUUUGUUGAGAAGAAUCCAACAAUCGUGAAUUUCCCUGUUAAAAAUGUUGAUUUUGGAGAUAUUUUAACGCCAGAUGUAAAGGCCAAACACCCAUAUACAACAUAUGAUCUAGUAGCUAAUAUAGUGCACGAUGGUGAACCAGGUCAAGGAACAUACAGAGUUCAUAUCUUGCAUAGAGCCACUGGUCAGUGGUAUGAACUGCAAGACUUACAUGUCACACAAAUUUUGCCUCAAAUGAUUACUCUUACUGAAGCAUAUAUACAGAUUUACGAAUUAAGGAAGGAUACGCAGACAGAAAACGGGAUAUAUGGAAAAUAAGAACAAAACACGAUAUAUGAUAGAUUCUACUAUUGUAGAAAUAAGAUAAUAAAAAAUUUACAUUUUGCAUAGA